AUGUAUCGUCAACAGCGAGUCCAAGCUGAUAAUAAACGUGAUAUCAGUUUGAAUAAGUAUACGAGUAAUCCUGCGUUCGUCAACAAUGGUUAUAUUGACGAACAUACAAGAGCACACGACGAAAACGUCUCUAAUGAUAUUACAGACGACCAACCAACAACAGGUGAAACAGUACAAAACAAAGCAAAUGAAUCAUCUGCACUAAGAUUAAAACCUUUUCAAAUUUUUCGAUUUGCUGACAAAUGGGAUAUAAUCAUGAUGAUCAUGGGACUUUCGGCAGCAAUCGCUAGCGGUGCAUUUUAUCCGCUAAUUCUUCUUCUUUAUCAAACCGUAAUUGAUUCAUUUAUUGCUAUCGAUAGAAAUCAAACAGAAUUUGAAACAACAUCAGCGAAUAUUGGAUUAAACUGUCGUAAUAGAACAUCAUAUCUGGGUAGUGAUCUCUCACCUUAUGAUAAUAUAAUGUCGAUCCUUAAAUGGUAUGCAAUAUUUGGUGUCACCUGUUUUGUUCUUUUAUGGAUUGCUUUUAACUGCUGGAUUAUAUCAGCUGAACGUCAAGUUCGUAAGAUGAGAUACGCAUUAAUCAACAAUAUUAUGCGACAAGAUAUUGGUUGGUUUGACUGUCGAUCAUCAAGCGAUCUUUCUUCUGGUCUACUUGUAGACGCUUUGGAUAAUGUACGUGACGGAAUUGGUUACCAAGUGGCCGAUUGCACAGCUCUUCUUGCUCGUAUUGUUGCUUGUUUGGCAUAUUCAAUAUGGAAUGGUUGGAAACUUUCUUUGGUUUUCUUAAGUGUUUCUCCUCUGAUUAUAAUCGCAUUUAAUAUUACAGUUGUUGUGAGUAUACUAUUCGAUUGUCUUACUACUCUUAUGGCAUUUUUCUCGAUUGUAUACAAAGAGAAUACGGAAUUCAUUUGGACUAUUUGA